GAACUGGAACCAAAAGUGCCCACUUGUAGUCCAAGUUCUGUAGGCGGAAAGGUAGAGACUCAAUACCUAGGAGGUAGCGAUAUAGUUAAAGGUGGAGAAAUUACAGUAAUUCAGUAUGGCAAUUCGGGAGGGAAUGCUUGUGGACCACCGGCCAAGGUUCGUGGCUCGUUAAUUUAUAGAAAUGGUCACCCCAUCGUAGACGACGAGAACAAUUUCCCUGACGGCAGCGAAGUUACCUUUAACUGCAUAGAAAGUAUUAUGGGAGAGAAAACUACAUGGAAAAUUAUAUGCGAGGAUGGAAGCUGGAUAGGAAGGUCGCUUAAUUGUGACACAGAUGAUAUUGCUGGAACACAGAUUAUAAACAACAACAGUACUUGCAUCUUUAGAAAUCAGGAACCCAACGUUAUAUCAUUUUUUAACGAUCAACAAAUUCGGGAAGAAGUGGUCGAGUUUCCUGCAGGAGCCAUUCUGAUUAGUCGGUGCGUGGAUAUAGGAAAAUUUGCCAUGAUAGGUCCAAAUAAACGAAGAUGCAUGGGAGGAGAGUGGGAUGGAGUAAAGCCCGCCUGUUUUGGUCUCAACCAAGCUAACGAUUAUUCCAUGGAGAAACCACCGACGAUUCUUUUUAGGCACCAAUUAGGACCUAUAGCGCAAUCAAAUGAAGGAAAGUUGAUUGUGUAUCCAGGAACUAUCCUGCAUAUGGAGUGUUUAUGGAUACGGCGAUUUGGUAAUCCAAAGUGGACUAUUAGCCACGAUUAUCGAAAAUACCCAGAGGGAUGGAGUACAGAUCCAGGACGAGAUCCACAACUCGAAUACAGAUUAUCUAUCUUUCAUGCAUCCAAAGAUGACUCUGGUUUGUUUACGUGCGUCACUCCUGCUCGUUACACCCACUCUGUAGAAAUCGAAGUAAAAGCUAUUCAUUGCCCAGUUGUUCCCCAAAGAAGAGGACUGACAGUUAACACACAGAGUACAAAAAUGAACACUAGACUUAAAUUUUCCUGCAUUAAUGGAAAUGCUUUGAUAGGAGCUCCAGAAGUAGUAUGUUUACCUUCAGGAAAUUGGAGCUCGCCCUUCCCUAUAUGUGAAAGUAUUGAAUGUGGUGAAGUUGGUGUAGUGCUUAGUGAUCAUUUGAAAGUGCUUGUUGUAUCUAGAGAAGUAGGAGGGAGAGCAAUUUUCAGCUGUGACUCGGGUUUCGGGCUUAGAGGCCCUGCUGAGACAAUCUGCCAGGCUAGUGGUGAUUGGGCGACACCGUUUCCCACUUGCGAAGAGGUACAUUGCGACAAUCCAAAUGCUCCUGAAAAUGGAUAUAUUCAAGGAACUGGUCCCUACAAAGCGGGAGAUGUGGUGCAGAUCAAUUGUAAUCCAGAUUAUAUGAUGGAAGGGCAACCGAUUAUAGCUUGCCAAGAAAAUUCUAGAUGGUCUGGAAAGAUGCCAAAGUGUAAGUUAUCGAUAAUUCCAUAG